CGCUUUUACGAAGAUAUUAUUUUAUGCCAGCUGCUUAGAGAGGCAAGACAUAUUUCAGAACAACUCACAACAAAAUGGCUCUAAAAAUUUAUGAAGGACACAAUGUUCCUAUUUCUUAUCACAUGCUAUAGAGGAAAGAAAACCGUGCUAAGAUUCUGUUGUUAGAGUGCUGUAUUCUCCUGUUUGCACCAUAAAACCUGUCACAAUGCCACAGGGAUUCCCAAUAACCGAGGGUCUGACGAUGCAUCAGAUGCCGGAUCCCAUCACAACUAUGACUCAUACAUCUGUUUCCAUAAGCAUGCAUCAGCCCGCUUCAAGUAUGGUGUUCGUAUCCAUGUCCGGAGCCCAGUUUUCGUCGCUGUGUGACACCAUGACAACAAGCAUUCCUGGUAAACAUUCCUCUAGCAGUGCGGGUGGUAUCGAAAUGGUGAUUGUAUCAACCACAAACUCACUACCUGUGUCGAUUUCCCAUACCUCAACAAUGGCUACGUCCACAGUGACUGUUAACAGUGAUUAUAAAUUGUCGGAGAUUGUUUCUCGCGGAGGGGCAGAAUUUUGGAAAAAUGAGGCAGGGACGAGCAAACGUGAAAUUGAAACAGAGCUUGUCCCAAUGCGAUCCGAUGUCUUGUCAGUUCAACGUCGAAGUCGUCAGUUCUUCACUCUGAUGGAGGACGAUGAUGAAAUGGACUAUGGCAGUAAUCGACCAAAAUUUGCAGAUGAUGAACCCCAAAGCAAAAAUGUUCUUGUAGAUCCGCUCAUGGGGAUCAGUAAGACGAUGCGACGGCUGACUAGAAAGAAUGAUUAUGGAAAACUGAAAAUGAGUACGGUGAUGAAUAAAAAUCCCCCAAAUCUGGAUCGAGGAUAUGAAAGUGAGCCUGAAACAGAUAAAAUGCCAGUCACGUUGCUUGACCAUGUGGAAAAAAGUGGAUUGCGCCGCAUAAGUAGUCAUCCAGAAUUGGAUGAACUGGAAUUGAUGGCUCAAGAUAACUUGAAAGGCAAUGGUGAUAACAAUAGUGAAGAUUUGUUUGAGAAUUAUGCUUUAGGGAAAUCUAAAUCUCUGCCAACGACGCCUAGGGUGUCGCCAAAACUAUUACGCAAAAAUCGGACCUCAAAUGAGCUAGAAAGUCCAUCAGAUUCGCAAAAUCAUGGAGCAGGUUAUUCGUUCCUUGCUAGUGUCAUAGGUGGGUUGCGUGUCACCAAAGCGAAACAAGAACAGCAAAGGAAAGAUGCAGAGCAACGUUUAAUAGAGAAAAAGAAACAACAUGACAAAAAAGUAGUAAGUGACCAAGCAGGGCUUAUUGUCCCACGUCAAGAAAAUCAAGUUGUGAUGGCUGGGGCUUCAACAAGCUCUAAAACUGCUACAGUUGAUACUUUAUUAAAUUCAAACAUGUCAGAAAAAGUCAAUGAAACUCAAUCUAAAAGUCCCCCGAAGAAAUCAUUUUUGACAAAUGUAAUGAAUUGGAGCACACAAAAGCAGGUAGAUGUUUCUCGGAAGGAAAGUAAUAUGUGGUCACCGACAUCUUUCUAGAGCAGUUAUGUUAGUACAUGUUUGGUAAUAAGUUUGGCAUACAGGAGUCUUUUAAGUGUUUUCUUUACAUCUUGCAAAUUUUAAUAUUGUUUUUUUAUAUAUAUUCAUUAUCUUCAAAAUAUAUCUCAUGAUGACAUGGAUACAGCUGUUUUAUUUUUCAGUUGUGAAAAAAAUGACCAUAUCUGUAUUUUUAUGAAAUUCUUUUUUUGUGCUUAUUGUGGUUAUAUGUUGUGUUUCAAGAUGUAUAAAAAUUGUAGGGUUAUAGUUAGAAAAACUAUGGCAGUUUUUACACCCUAUCCUUUUUCGGUAGCACCCUUCUGCCCAUGUGGAUACAUUUUAGGGUUAAACCCAGGUUUUAAAAAGGGCAGGGUGCUGCAGAAAAUGGACAGGGUGCUGAAGGGCAAAACUUCAAAGGCACAUUGUAUCGGGCAGUGAAUGAUUAAAGCAUUAUGAAUUUCAUGGGAAAGGUUAAAAAAAAAUGUGCUUGUUAGAAGUAGCAUUAGGUUUCAACUACCAAAUAUGUAAAGUUUGUUUGAAUUCAUAUUCACAUUUUAAGUUUUAAUCAACCAAAGGAAUCAUUUGAUGAUCUUUUGCAUUUGAUUCUUAGAAGCCAAAAGGAUGCCCAUUCUGGUCUCCACGAGGGUGGAAGGGUGUUUCUAAAAAAGGAUAGGGUGCACCGUGCAGCACCCUACCCGAACCCUCUAGUUUAAACCCUACAUUCUGUGUUCAUAGACUUGAGCGCUAUAAAUGCCAAAUGUAUCUUUUGUUUUGAUUUUAACUUAUUCAAUUAUAAAAACAAUCCCACUUUACAUAUUUUGGGCAUUUGAAACUUUAUGUAACUCAAUUAAACACAAUUCCUUGUGUCAAAUUUAUACAGUUUAUACAAUUUUUUGACAGACCAAUUUUUUGACAGUCCGAUAAAAUGUGCCCUUGUUUAAUUAUUUGUUUAAUCCACUAAUCAAAAGAAGGUUUUUGGUAGAAUUUUUGACAUUGUAAAUUGAAUAAUGCUACUUCAACUGUUCCACUUAAAAACCUUUAUCAAAAUUUGCCAUUAUGCAAGGUUAUUUCUCAAAGUUUAAAGACCUUGGCCUUAGCGGCCCGGUUCAUAUCAAUAUAAUCAUGGUUACUGGUGGCCAUUAAACUAGGAAAGUUCAUUGGCCUUUUCCAGAUUUUGCUAGUAAUAUCAUGCCACAUCAUGACAAAAUUUAUAUGUAUGAACUCAACGGUUAUUUACAUGUACAUUGUACUUGCCACUGGCUGUUAAAUGCAGUACUGGUAUGUUACACACGACAUGUAUGAAUUAAGUUUCUUAUAGACCGGUCUGAGCCAGUUUGUACUAGACCUGUAUCAGCCAAUAAUGAAUUAGUUGUAUGCGUCAUGUUAAACUACAAUACUGGGUAUUGCUGGACGAGUUACAAAAAACCUUGAUUGUGUACGAUACAUUUAUUGCCUUGGUGUGCGGCAUUGAAAUUGGUAUGAAAGACAAAGAGGUCUUUAUUGAUUGUGAACUGAUGAUUAUAUUUUUUGAAUAUGUAUUUUAUCUUCCUGUAGAAGACAUAUUUUGUGUUAUUUGAUAUUGUUCAUAAUUAUUCAUGAACAUGUUCAUGUACAUUGUGUUUUUUUGGAACACACCACCAAAAGUUUUUGAUAAUUGUGUUACAUCAAGAUGACGAUUCAAACAAUGUAUAUAUGUGAAUUUUGAUUUCAUUUUAUUUAAAGCGUAUGUCAUCAAUAGUCCACAGAAGUCUCCUUUUUUGUGUUUUCACUAUUGUUCAUGUAAAAUUUGUACAUCAUUUAUUCAUGUAAUUUAUAGAAUGAUUUUAAUAAUAGAUGAAAACGCAACAUUUCACUCGUCAAUUUAAGCUACCUCAGCAGAUCAGUAACCUUGAAUAAGUUGGCUUAAAAUAAAUGUGUCCUAUUAAAUGACGUUCAAACAUUUUGUAAAUAGUCUAUAAACGAUUUGUAAGUCGACUGGUUCAAUGAUAAAGCUACUAUUAUUAGAAGCCCAGUUUGCGGACACCUGUAAAUGUUGUAAACAUUGUUGCCAGUCUUACCAUGCUUUUGUGGUGUAUCAUGACCUUGGACUGAUAACUGGUUCAAACUUUGGGCUUGAACUCUUGAACUCUUAUCAUUGUGAGGUCAUUUAACUGUGUAAGGGUUUUAGCUUAAGGGUUAUAAAAGGGUGCUGGACCCUGUCUUUAGUUAGUUUGUAUGUUGUUUUUUUGAAAGCUGAUUAUAUGAUUAAAAAUGCAUACAAACCAUAUAAUUAUACCUGGCAGUUGUAAUCUUACAGCUUAAAACAUUGUAACAUUAUUGUCAGAUUUUUAAUACUUCUUCACAGCCUGAUACAAAGUGACUUUAAUCCUUAGCACCCUGUCCUGUUAAAACAUGGCCUAAACCCUACUGACUGCCCAUGUCAUGCAUGUCACUGAUGGUCCUGAUGCUGGUCCAAUUAAUCUGAAAUUUUGGCUAAAGUGCAUAUAAUGGUCAAAAUAUUCAACUAAGCUAAGAUCCAAGUUCAUAAUACCUGACUGACCUUGGUGACCAGAGCCACAAAUGUGGUCAAUAGUGAGUCGGACAGGUAAUUUUGCCAAAUUUGCAAAAGACGAAUGAACAGUAGGGAGAAUAUAUACUUUUUUGUCCAUAAAGGAUGGCAAUUAACGGGAGGUUAACAAGGCCAUGCAUUUUUAUUCAGAUCACUUUUUAUUACCAUAUGUACCUGUACAAUAUAAGUGUCGCGAGCCACGUUCAUUUGUUCGUCACAACCUUGUCUUUAUUCAUUUUGUUUGAUAUAUAAUAUGAAUCUCUAGAGAAAUGUUACUCUCAUUAUGUAGGGUUUAUGCAGGAUUUAAAAAGGACAGGGUGCUGCGGAAGAGGGACAGGGUGCUAUUACGGUGGUCAAGUUUUAAAAAAAGCGAACAUAGUGAGUUUGGCAGAAAAUGUCAAGAAUUGUGUCUAAUUAAAAUAAUAUUUGGUUUGAACCGUUAUUAUUAUAAUAAUGAUAUUUUUUGACCAACUCAUUUAAUUCUUUGAAGGCAGAAGGGUGCUUCAACAUGGGAAGUUUACAGCACCCUAUUACUUCUUGGCCUCAACCUUCAUUAUAAUAUGAAUCUCUAGAGAAAUGUUACUCACCAUACAACAUGUUUUUGUCAUGUAGAGGUUUUGCUAAAGUCUUAAAAUGGUUAUGGUUUUAAUCAUUGCAUUGUACUACUGUUUAAUUCAGUUUCAGACUAUCCUAGUAAAUGAUAUUUUACAUUUUGUUUACCCAACAUCAAACACUUAAUCAUGACAAAAGGUUAAGUUGAUCUUUUAAGAAUAAAAAUAGCGCCAGAAAUAAAUUCUUUUGCCAUUUAUGAAUGUUGAUUUACGUCAGAAGUUGGCAAGACACUGAGUGGUUGAUAAAUAUUGUCAAUUUGGUGCAAGAACCCUGUAAGUGCAUAAAGAAUAGAAAAAGAAGCAGUUCUAGAGCUCUAGCAAAUUGGUGACCUUAUGAUUAACACUGUACAGUGCAAGAUAUGAAAGCUAUUGAAGUGAUUGUGAUCAUAUAUGCAAUGGUACUCUUUGUGCAGGUUUAUUUAAAUCACAAACAAAAUUAAUCGGUAAUCAAACCGGUUUCUGAUUCAGGUGUUUACUCAGUUAUUUGCUGUUUUAAACAUGCUAUGUAGUUAUGAAGCUGUUGACAAUAUUGGACAGGGUGCAAUAAUAGGGGAUGAACAGUAUUAUAAACACCUUUUAUAUUUGAACUUAGCUGUAACUCACCACUACUUUUUUUCGUCUCAUUUUGCAAUAAAUUCUUGGUAGUUUAUUGCACGGAAUGAUGUGUGAACGAAUGUAGACCAACUGUUGCCAGUUUUCAUUGUGAACUUAAUAUUCAGACAACUUUAUAAAAUUCAUUUUUACAUCUCCUGAUAUUUGCACUAUAUAUUUUUUGCCAAUGAAAUGGUAAACAAACACAUUUUGCCUUUCAUGUCCUUUUUGUCGAGUGCAACAUCCACAAUGUACUGAUAUUUUGUAUGAAAAGCUGUAUUAUGUAACUGAUUGUUUUUUUGUGGUUAAGUGUAUACAUUGUAGCAACUGUCAUAACAAUUGACAGUGAAGCGGAAAUGACGGGCAUUUCAUUCAUGCUAUAUGUAUGAUUAAUGAAUUUUGAGUGCUCGAUUUGCACAAGAGAUUUUAUAUUGUUCUUGGUAUUACCAUAAUUUGUCAUCAUCAUUUUUAUCAUUGUAGUUGUAGUAUUUCUCUAUGUCAAAGCUGUUUGAAGAACUUUUCCAUGUACGAAUGGUGUAUGUUGUACACUGUAGUAAAUAAAUGUGUAAGAUUUUUUCUUUAUUAAAGAUUUGAAAUUCA